AUGGAAAGUCAAGUCAUAGAAAAUUUUAAUGGAGUUUAUUUAUUAUUGUGCCAAAAUCCAAAAUUUAAAGGAAGGACUUAUAUAGGAUAUACGGUGGAUCCUGUCAGGAGAUUGAAAAGGCAUAAUGCGGGCAUGGAUUUCGGAGGAGCAAAAAGAACUCACAACAAAGGUCCUUGGAACAUGAUUCUCAUCAUUCACGGAUUUCCAAAUUCUAGGUUAGGUCUAAGGUUUGAGUGGGCAUGGCAGCAUCUAGAACUGAGUCGACACACACGACAUUUGCUAAAAAAAAAAUCAAACCAGACCCAGGUGAAUUAUUUAAUAUCAUCAAUGGCCCAGAUGUUGCAAGUUUCUCCGUGGUGCCGACUUCCGCUUAAAAUUCAGUGGCUGGAUUUGAAGUUUUCCGCUGACUGGAUGAUGAAGCUCCAGUUUCCGAGGCACAUGGAAGUUCACUAUGGAGCUGUGGAAGCCAAGAAAAUUGGCUGGGUCUCCAAGCAGCUUCAAAAGAAUAAAUUCCAAGGAGAAAAUAAUAUAAAUUGUACGAGUGAUUUUAAUAAUAGAUGUUUUGUUUGUAAGAAUGAAAUUGUUGAUGAGAGAGAUAGAGUUGAGUGUGUGUACAAAUGUUGUAAUUGUAUUACACACAUUUUUUGUUUAGCAAAAUUAUUUCGGAAGAAUGAUAAAAAGAUUUUGCCUAUCAAUGGAAUUUGUCCGAGUUGUCAAAAAAUUGUUUUGUGGGGUGAUAUUGUUAGAAAAAAAAUCGGAUGUUUUGUAAAUAUUGAUUAA